UUUUACGUGCAGCCAUUGUCACCAACAGAAGCUGCAGCUAGGGCCAAAAAUCUCAAAGAACUCACCAUCAAGCUCUUCCAAACCAUCGACAACAUAAGUUUUUUCUUCUUUAGGGUUAUGUUUUCUCCUGAUUUCUUGAUUGAUCUAAGAUUGUUGGUUCUUGUGUGGAAGCUGGAUGUUGCGGCAAGGUCAAAGAGCAGCUUAGAUGCUAAGAAGUAUUACUCAGAGACAUGC